GUCUGCCGCCGCUUGUGAGUGGCCAGAACCUCGCAACGGAGGCGGAACUAAAGCUUUCCCUGGUUUCUGUCCCUCCCCGUCCCCGAGGCAAGGUGGGCAGGAUAAGAGCAAGAGGGCCAGGCGGCGGCCAUUUUGGUUUGAUUGAGGAAGGAGCGGGGAUUACUUGCGAGGAGUCGGCAGCACCUGCGGGAAUGAAGUAGGGGGCGAGGCAGAGAGAAAAGGGGACUUCUAGUGCUGCUGUUGGCCCAACGGAUGGUCACAGAAAGCGACAGAAGGUUCCAAAAGGAAGAUGAGUGCAGAAGCUGCUGACCGGGAGGCUGCCACCUCUGGUAGACCUUGCACACCUCCCCAAACCUCUUGGUUCGAGUUCUUGCUAGAAGAGUCUCUGUUGGAGAAACAUCUGAAAAAGGUUUCACCUGAUCCAUCACCUGUUCAGCUGAUUGUUCAGUUUUUGGAGCAGGCUUCCAAACCUUUAGUGAAUGAGCAGAAUCAGGUCCAGCCUCCGCCUGAUAACAAGAGAAAUCGCAUUUUAAAAUUGCUUGCUUUGAAAGUUGCUGCACAUUUAAAGUGGGAUUUGGAUGUACUGGAGAAAAGUUUAUCGGUCCCUGUGUUGAACAUGCUACUGAAUGAACUGCUGUGCAUUAGUAAGGUUCCUCCAGGAACUAAACAUGUAGAUGUGGACCUUGCCAGUUUACCUCCAACCACUGCAAUGGCUAUACUACUCUACAAUAGAUGGGCUAUAAGGACCAUAGUCAAAAGUAGUUUUCCUGUCAAACAAGUGAAACCUGGUCCACCUCAGUUAAAUGUAAUGAAUCAGAUUCAGCAAGAAAAGGAAGUAACAGAAAAUAUCCUGAAAGUACUAAAGGAACAGGCUGCUGAUUCCAUUCUGGUGUUAGAAGGAGCACUCAAAUUAAAUAAAGAUCUUUAUAUUCACACAAUAAGGACUCUAGAUUUGCUAGCCAUGGAACCUGGUAUGGUUAAUGGAGAAACAGAGAGUUCUACAGCUGGAUUCAACAUCAGUGCUGAGGAAAUGCAGUGUCAGGUCUGUUAUGAUUUAGGGGCCAUCUAUUUUCAGCAAGGUUCCACAAACUCUGCUCUUUAUGGAAAUGCCAGAGAGAAAUUUUUUAGAACAAAGGAACUGAUUUCAAAGAUUGGCUCAUCACUUCAUUGCAUCAUAGAUGAGAAAAGGUUAGCUGGUUACUGUCAAGCAUGUGGAGUUCUUGCACCUUCUGACAAUAUGUCACAGCCAUCAACUCCUUAUAGUCAAAUCCAUAGCUGUUUAAGAUCUGGCAAUUAUCAGGAACUAGUGAAAAUUUUCCUUGAAGAUAACCGAACACCAAGUUUACCCGAUCAGUUCAGGCAAUCGGUGCUAAGGGAACUUUCCCAGAAAGCUCAACAAGGGGAUGAUGCCCUGGAAGAAAUAUGCUUCAAGGUUUGUGCAUGCAAUAGUAUUUGUGAUGUGAUGCAAGGUCGACCAGUUGGUGUCCAGUUUAACCAACUGUUUCUUAGACCCACCAAAGAAAAAAUAGAUUUUCUUCUUGAGGUGUGCUCAAAAUCAAUACUAGUAGAAAGUGCUUCAGAAUCCUCAAAAAGGAAGAUGGCCUAUUUUUUGAAGAAUCUCUGUUUGGGUUUGGAAGAUCUCCAGCUUGUCUUCAUGAUUUCCUCUCAUGAACUCUUCAUAGCAUUACUGAAAGAUGAUGAGCGAAAGCUGCUCAUUGAUCAAAUGAGGAAAAGAUCACCUCGAGUCAACUUAGGCACUAAGCCUAUAACUUCAUUUUAUGAUAUUCCAGCCUCAGCAAGUGUCAAUAUUGGCCAGUUGGAACAUCAGCUUAUAUUAUCAGUGGAUCCCUGGAGAAUCCGCCAAAUUUUAAUUGAGUUGCAUGGCAUGACAUCAGAACGUCAGUUCUGGACAGUUUCUAACAAGUGGGAAGUACCAAACGUUUAUGGUAAUGUUAUCUUAGGAAUCAAAGAUAAUUUGACCAGGGAUUUGGUCUACAUCCUUAUGGCAAAAGGGCUACACUGCAGUGCAGUUAAGGAUUUUGUCCAUGCAAAACAGCUUUUUGCUGCUUGCCUUGAACUUGUGACAGAGUUUUCUCCAAAGCUGCGCCAAGUCAUGCUGAAUGAGAUGCUACUUCUGGACAUUUAUGCCCAUGAAGCAGGGGCAGGGCUUUUGGGAGAACGACCCCCUUCUGACCUGAUCAGCAGAGUGCGAGGAUACUUAGAAAUGAGGGUACCAGAUAUUCCUCUUCGACAAGUUGUAGCAGAGGAAUGUGUUGCCUUUUUGUUAAAUUGGAGGGAGAAUGAGUACUUAACCAUGCAAGUUCCUCUCCCACUGGUUCAGACCAAUCCUUAUGUAAAGCUUGGACAGCUUCUGGCUGCCACUUGUAAAGAUCUUCCUGGCCCAAAAGAAAGUAGACGGGCAGCUAAAGACCUCUGGGAGGUUGUUGUACAGAUCUGCAGCGUAUCCAACCAACACAAACGAGGGAAUGAUGGCAGAGUGAGUUUAAUAAAGCAGAGAGAGUCAACGAUAGGUAUAAUGUACAGGAGUGAACUGCUCUCUUUUAUCAAAAAGUUGCGGGAACCUCUAGUACUGACGACAAUAUUAUCCUUGUUUGUCAAGCUUCAUAAUGUUAGGGAAGACAUUGUGAAUGAUAUUACAGCCGAACACAUUUCUAUUUGGCCAUCAACUAUUCCCAACUUGCAGUCAGUGGAUUUUGAAGCUGUAGCUGUUACUAUCAAAGAGUUAGUCAGUUAUGCACUGACAAUAAAUUCAAACAAUUACUUCUGGUUAAUCAUUCAGGCUGAUAUUUAUUUUGCAACUAAUCAGUACUCGGCUGCUCUGCACUACUAUCUUCAGGCAGGAGCUGUGUGUUCGGAUUUUUUUACAAAGAUGGUACCACCUGAUGUAUAUACAGAUCAAGUAAUAAAACGAAUGAUAAAGUGUUGCUCUCUGCUUAAUUGCCAUACACAGGUAGCCAUUUUAUGCCAGUUUCUUCGAGAAGUAGAUUAUAAAACUGCAUUUAAAGCACUUCAGGAGCAAAACAGCCAUGAUGCUAUGGACUCUUAUUAUGACUACAUCUGGGAUAUUACCAUCUUAGAAUACCUGACAUACCUUCAUCAUAAACGAGGAGAGACAGACAAGAGACAAAUAGCAAUUAAAGCUAUAGGGCAGACUGAACUGAAUUCCAGUAAUCCAGAGGAAGUACUACAACUCGCUGCUCAAAGACGGAAAAAGAAGUUUCUUCAAGCAAUGGCAAAGCUUUACUUUUAGACCCUUGUUUCUAAUAUAGUGGGAUGAAAGAUGGCGGCUGCAAGAAAAUUCCAACACUUUUUAUUAACUCAUAAGACUUUUUUUACAAUACAUAUUUAUAAACAUACUGUCUGGUAUUUUCCUAUUUAGAAAACUUAAAAUUCCUCCUUUUUAUUUUUACAAGAUUAUACAGAAGUAAGUUAGCUUUUGUAAUGCAUUUCAAACAAGUAGAUAUAAGGUGGCAUGAAGAGAGCAGCCUUAACAGUACAUUGAAGAGCAUAACUCUCCUCUGCACAUAAACUGUUGCUGUUGACUUUUUUUUGUCCUUGCUUUGUGGCAUCUCUUCUUGAAUAUAAGAUAGCACCUCAUGAGGAAAGAGGUAGUAUGUGACAAUUAUUCACUGUAAAGCUGGUAUCUUUCCAGUUAAGAGCUGACUGCUCAAAUUGCCUGCUGAUAUAGGAGUAGUUUCAUUGUUUACUAAAGCCUUUUUCUUACCCCACCCCCUUACUUUUGGCCAGGCUUUAAACCAGUUUCACCUUAAAAGCUAUAAUGUGCAAAUGUAUAGAAGCAGGAACAUUGGCUUAUGUUGAUUCAACAGGAGGGGCAGUUGCACUGCUAGUCAGGCUGCCAAAAUCUGCCUAAUGCUGUUGAGCAGAGUUUGAUUGUACCAGCCGGUCUGCUUUCAACAUAGGGCAGAAGAAUACAUCUUGUUUCCCACAAAACAGGCUUAUGCUUCAGGUAGGUGGUAUGUAAGGGUUUUGUAUAAGUCCAUACACAGUUAAACCACUGACAGAUUCAGCCACAGGUAUCAUAAAACAAAGUUAUUUAGGACUGUUAAACAGGUUAAAAAUCCAUUGUUCAUUAUGAAUUUAACUGUUCAGCAGUCAGAUGCUGGUUAGGUAGGCUGCACAGACAGGACUGUUGCGUUGGAGCUUCCUUUUGUUAGAUUUGAUCUUCCCAACCACUUGGUAAGUGUAAAAGUUCAGGCUGCAGUCUCCAAUCCUGAUAUCGUUCAAGUUGG